AUGAUGCUCAUACAGAGCAACUGCGUGAAUACCUGUUUUGGCUUGUCCCGUGCUGCUACCUACAAGCCAGUCGAGUCCAAUGCGAUUCAUGUUCCAGCAUCCAAUGGUAUCCAAGGAAUGAAAUGGCCAAUUUUAAAUGCAAGCUUAAUAACUAACAAGGACAAAUAUGGGACGGGUAUCUACAAUGCCAUUACAAAUCCACCACUUAUUUGGAAUUUUGUCACUAUCCAGCAUUUCCUUAUGAGCUGUGGUAUUUGGUUGCAUCCUAUCUAUCUCCUAUUGACCUGCUUUGUUUGGGUCAAACCAGUCAAGCUUUCUACUCCUUGUGCUCCUCCAACAAUGUUUGGCGAAUUCAAUGUGGUCGGAAUGGCCCAGCCCAUUCACAUACAUCCAUGCUCGCACACAUGA